AUGGACGUUACUGCCCCCUCGCACCCAUACUACCCUCCAACGGCCUCCAUCCCGACGUAUGUUGCCAAUGACGCGUCUGUGCUGCGGCUCCUCGUGACCUUUGGACUCAUGGUCGGCGUGGUGCUGGGCCUUUCGUAUUGGCAGACGAUUCAGAGCCCACUGCGCUUGCGUCCAAUUGACCGCUUCGCCGUCAUGUGGUUUGCCUUGUGUGGAUUCCUACAUGUUGGGUUUGAAGGCUACUAUGUGUACAACCGCACCAGCAUCCCCCAGUUGCAGACUGUGUUUGGCCAGCUGUGGAAGGAGUAUACGCUUUCCGACUCUCGAUACUUGACGUCGGAUGCGUUUACCAUUUGUGUCGAGACCAUCACCGCUCUCGUCUGGGGCCCCCUCAGCUGGCUCACCUACUUUGCCAUCCUGACCAACUCGCCUUACCGCCACAUCAACCAAGUCGUCGUAUGUACUGCGCACCUGUACGGCGUUGCCCUCUACUACGGCACCAACCUUGGUGACUUCCGCGCUACAGGAGUCUCGUAUAGCAGGCCAGAGGCUCAGUACUAUUGGGUAUAUUAUGUUGGCCUGAAUGCGCCCUGGGCCGUGGUGCCACUCGCCCUGGUGUGUUCUGAACAAGGGAGAAGAAGGGGGAGGAAGGAGAAGGAGAGGAGGCACGUGGCUAAUGGCGUGCCUGUAGUUUUCCUCCAUGACAGUUACAAGCAGACGGCCAGGGCCUUCCGCGCUCUGCAGGCGCAAGAAGCCGAGCGCAAGACGCAAUAA